AUGGCCAACGCCGAAACGCACCGCAAACUCGUCAGCGAGGACUCGAUCGACGAGUCUCACAUCUCCCCGUCACCUCGCGCGACCCCGUCCGCCGCGACUCGCUCGAGAUACACCUCCAGAACCGGCCCCAGCGGGAGGACCUACACGGCCGCUCCAGCGCUGCAGGCCCAGCAGAAGGAGCUUGAGAGAAGCAUGCUUGCCGAUACCCUCAAGGAGAAGAUUGCUCAGCGGCCUACGCCCGCCGAACUCGUGAAUGAAGGUGUCCUCCACCAGGAUCCCCGGACCGCUGAGCAGAAGUACGAGGAGGCCAUUGAAGAUGAGUACGCCAAGCGCGAGGGUGGAGCUUGA